AUGACUUUUCCAAGAUCACACUUUCAAGGAACUCAUGACAAUGAAGCUGGCUCAAGUAGAAUUACACAUAUUAAUGAUAUUGCACUUGGUCGUAAUUGCUCAAUACCUAAUCAACGAAACAACAUGAGUCAAUCAGAUACAAGUAUAAGGGAUAUUGUUCUAAAUGAUAUGGAUGUUGAUGAAGCUUUGGAGGAUGCAGUAAUAUCAUAUGUUAACAUGGAGGCUAGAGAAAAUGGUGCAUUAUCAUGUCGUCCUCAAAAAUCAGGACAUGCUUUUCGAGCAAAUCACAAUAUUGCUCGAAAUUUCAAAAAUAACAUGACGAUGGCAAAAUCUCGGUUGCCUCAUCCAAUUACCUGUAGACACUACAAUGCAAGAUUGUUUCAUUAUGAAUCACGUGACACGUGUUGUACUUGUGGAAAGAUAUCAUUUUCAGGAGUUAAUGCUCCUAUAGAAUUUCAACAAUUAUUUUUGGAUGAUUCAGCUGAAGGAAAACAUUUUAGGCAACAUAUUCAAAGUUAUAACCAUGUGCUCUCAUUCACUUCAAUUGGUGUUCAUGUUGAUGAGAAUAUUCUUGCAUCUGAUCGUGGUAUAUACACAUUUCGUGCUCAAGGUGUUUUUUACCAUAACAUAGGAUUUUUCUAUCCAAAUGAGGGUGCCAUGCCGCAUUUCUUACAACUAUACAUCUACGACACCGAUAAUGAGCUACAUAAUAGAAAGCAUGAAAAUUCAUAG